AUGACUUUGAAGGAGAAUAAUACAAGAGUGACAGAGUUUCUCCUGCUGGGACUCACCAAUGACCCAGGAUUACAGUUACCCCUAUUUAUGAUAUUUCUCUUCAUUUACAGCAUCACCUUGGUGGGAAAUUUGGUGCUGAUAAUAAUAAUUGUCCUGGACUCUUGUCUCCAUACCCCUAUGUACAUUUUUCUAGGUAACCUGUCCUUGGUUGAUUUUUGUUACUCCUCAGCUGUCACACCCACAGUCAUGACUGGGCUUCUAAUAGAAAACAAGGUCAUUUCCUAUAAUGACUGUGCUGCUCAGAUGUUCUUUUUUGUAGCAUUUGCUACUGUGGAAAAUUACCUCUUGGCAUCAAUGGCCUAUGAUCGCUAUGCAGCAGUGUGUAAGCCAUUACACUAUGCCACCACUAUGACUACAAGUGUGUGUGCCUAUCUUUCUAUAGGUUCCUAUGCUUUUGGGUUCCUGAAUGCCUCCAUUAACACUGGAAACACUUUCAGUCUUUUCUUCUGUAAGUCUAAUAUAGUCCAUCAUUUCUUCUGUGAUAUUCCAGCAGUUAUGGUUCUGUCUUGCUCUGACAGGCAUUUCAGUGAGAUGCUUCUUGUUUAUGUAGGGAGCUUCAGUAUAUUUUUUGCUCUAUUGGUUAUUUGUAUAUCCUACGUAUUCAUUUUUAUCACAAUCUUUAAAAUGCACUCAAGUGCUGGAUAUGGGAAGGCUGUAUCCACUUGUGCCUCACACUUCACUGCAGUGUCCAUUUUCUAUGGGACAAUCAUAUUCAUGUAUUUGCUGCCCAGCUCCAGUCACUCAAUGGACACUGACCAAAUUGCAUCUGUAUUCUACACCAUGAUUAUACCUAUGCUGAAUCCUCUGGUCUACAGUCUUCGGAACAAAGAAGUCAAAAGAGCAUUCACAAAGUUUUUUCACUGGAAAAAUAGCCCGUAG